AUGGCUGGUGGAAGGAAUGAUGUUGCGAUUGCUAAGGCUCUAGAGUCCCUGGCAGGAGUUACAGUGCAGGCUUUCCAAGCUUUGGCUGAAUCUCAAGCUACUACACAAGCCUCUGCGCAAGCUGCUACUCAAGCUGCACAAAUUGCUGCUCAAGCUACUAGCUACAGUGGUGGCCAAGGGAAUAUGCAAAUAAAUGAAUUCAUGGUGAUGGAUCGAUUCCACAAGGCUAAUCCUCCAUCGUUUGAAGGUCACUAUAAUCCUGAUGGAGCUCAAAAGUGGUUACAAGAAGUUGAAAAGAUUUUCAGAGGAGUGGCAUGUCCCGAAGGUCAGAAAGUGCAUCUUGGUACCUUUAUGUUGACGGAAGAAGCUGAACAUUGGUGGGAUAAUGCACGCCAACGUUUAGAGAAUGCAGGGACUGCAAUUACUUGGGCUAUAUUCAAGAACAUGUUUCUAAUUAAGUAUUUCCCUGAAGAUAUCCGUAAUAGAAAGGAGAUGGAAUUUGUUAAAUUGGAACAGGGGAAUAUGACAGUAGCGGAGUAUGCCGCUAAGUUCGAGGAAUUAUCCAGGUACUAUCCACUCUAUGUUGGAGAAGCAGGAGAAAAGUCUAAGUGCAUCAAGUUUGAAAUGGGACUUAGGCCAGAGAUCAAGAAACAGGUUGGAAUGCAAGAGAUCCGCGACUUUCCUACCCUAGUGAAUAAGAGUAGGAUUUAUGAUGAGGAUAGCCGACAAGAGGCCUAUGCAUCAUAA